CUCAGCUUCCGCUAAGGUGCUCGGUCCUUCCGAGGAAGCUAAGGCCGCGUUGGGGUGCGGCCCUCACUUCAUCCGGCGACUAGCACCGCGCCUGGCAGACCCUGCCUAGCACUCGCCCGCACCAUGGCCUCCGUCUCGGAGCUCGCCUGCAUCUACUCGGCCCUCAUCCUGCGUGACGAUGAGGUGACGGUCACGGAGGAUAAGAUCAAUGCCCUCAUUAAAGCAGCCGGUGUAAAUGUUGAAGCUUUCCGGCCAGGCUUGUUUGCAAAGGCUUUGGCCAAUGUCAACAUCAGGAGCCUCAUCUGCAACAUGGGGGCAGGUGCUGCCCCAGCAGAGGAGAAGAAAGUGGAAGCAAAGAAAGAAGAAUCUGAAGAGUCUGAUGAUGACAUGGGCUUUGGUCUUUUUGACUAAACCUCUUUAGUAGCACGUUCAAUAAAAAGCUGAGCUCUUUAAAAAAAAAA